AACUCACGGUCACUUCUACAGGUUGGCCUGACAAAUUACGCAGCAGCAUAUGCUACUGGUCUCCUUCUUGCUCGACGCCAUCUCAAAAAUCUAGAGCUUGACAAAGUCUUUGCAGGGCAGGAUGAGGUUAAUGGAGAGUACUUCAUCGUUGAGGAAGAAAACGGUCGUAGACCAUUCAAAGCUGUUUUGGAUGUUGGUUUAUCGCGAACCACAACCGGGUGCAAAAUCUUCGGUGUAAUGAAAGGGGUGGUCGAUGGCGGGAUUGAUAUUCCUCACAGGUAA